UAAUUCAAUGUAUUAAUGAAUUUGAUUUUUAUUAAAAUAUUCUCUUUUCGUUAAACAUGGAGUCAACAAAAUCAAUAUUCUCGCAAGACGGCGUAGGCAGCAAAGAGAGCAAAUUUAGCGGAUGUGACAGUCCAACAUCAAUACGAAAUAAAGAUGUUGAAGGGUACUUGAGACCCGCUAGAAGCAUUUUAUCCAAUGGGCCAGUUUUUGAAUGUCAAAACUCCCACCCAUUGGAUAUCAUGAGAAAGAUCGCACAGUAUAAGCGCAGCCAUGGACUUCUAGGUUCUCACUUUACUGAAGACCAGACAAUUGAUCUUAUCCAUGAUUUACCGUUUUUCAACGAACCUGAUAUUGUCCAAAAGAACAAAGAGCUAAUCAAUGAAUCUUUAUGGAGUAAUGUAGCUGAUUUUAUCCUCCAUUCUAAAACAGGAGAGAUAAAAUAACUACAUGGAUGACAGGAAUGGGAUCGAAAAUCUUCCCUUCGUGUUCAAGAAAAUUGAUUCCAACUUCAAGAUGAGGAACACCAUUAGAAAAAGCAGAAGAAUUGGGUUCAAUAAUGAAUCAACUAUGUUAUUUUCCCCCUUAAAAAGUAUUCAUAAAUCUUCAAGUAAACUUUCAAGAAUAAUUGAGCCACUGCUAUUGAAAAAGGAGUCUUCAAAGAGUAUUUUUGCUAGGAAUUCUUCCCAGGUGACUAAACCAAAUCAACAAAGAUGGAAGAAAGCACAAACAAAAGGAGCAAAAAGUCGUUGUUACCAGACUAUAACAUCCAGAAAACCUGGGAGUAGCACUUCAAUGCAAAAAUUUAGGGAGAACUUGCCGGAUACAUUAGCUUUCAAGAGGAAGCAUGCCAACUGAAGAAUGUUUAGCGUAGAGCCUGAGAAAUGAAGUGAAGAAGAAAAGUCUUUUUCUGAUGACUCCUCUGAAUCAAGAAGAAUAAUUGAAGACAAACCAAAUUCUACCACUAAAGGUCCGAAAAAGAAAUAAAGUAAAUAAGCUAGUGAAGAGGAGGAAAGCAAAUACACUAGGUACAGCAAGGACGAAUUUUCAGAGAAAUAAGCCAUUGAGGGAGCGAGCAUUUGGAGUUUCCAAGAAAUCCGUAACUCUAAUGAAUGAAGAAUUUUUAUGAUCAUCUCCUCCAAGACCAACUGCUACAGCUUUAAUGAGGAAAAGAGUGAGAGCGGUCUCUCCUAAAGUAGUUAUCAACAAAUACAAAAUACUCAGGAAGAUUAAGCAUAUUGAGCAAAAUGGUAGCCCAUUUGCAAAGCCUUUAGCUUAAUAAAAUCUAAAUUCACGAUUCUUUUAUAUUGUUAUAUAAAAUAAUGCACC